CUUUUUCAGCUUUCAGGGCGUCCAACAACCCUGUGAGGCGCCCCCAUCUUCUGGCGUUAACCCCCCAACCUUGAGCAUUGGCAACCGUACUCCCCUUGGCGUCAGCGCAACCAUAUCAGCGAUUGACAGUGGUUAUCGCAACUGUGGUGCCAUAUCAGCAGAAGAGAGGACGUCAUACCAAGGGCAGUUAGCACGCUUCCUCAUUGGCCCAGCCCCGCCUGGAUCUGCCGUUCUUAAGGUGGGUCUGACUUGACUAGGUCCGUGGAAGAUUUAAGAGCAACGUCUGCUCGUGGCAAGGGAGGGUACGCGACCAUGACGGCUGCUACGUUUGGUUUCAAGAUGCGCGUCUGAGUGAAAAAGACCAAUCACCUCGAACCUGCACAUUUUUGCGAUUCUGAGCCGCUGGGUGACAGCGCAAGGCCACGCGACCCCACCAACUUUCUGACGUGGGCGGACUCAUCUGUCAACCAAUUUAAUAUUGAAAGCACGUCGCCACCAGGAUGAGCGAUAUCGAGAAGUAUUGUGAGCGCGCGGAUCCUCAUGCUCCUCAUUCGUUGGAGAGCGAUGAGAUAGAAAGACAGCUGGGAGGAGUUGACCUCGUGUACGAGGCGAAGCUUGUUCACAAACUCGAUGUCUACAUCAUUCCCGUUGUGAUGCUGUUGUACCUCCUCAGCUUUCUCGACCGAGUCAACAUCGGUAACGCACGCCUCUACGGCCUCGAAGAAGAUCUCGGCAUGGACUCAACGCAGUUCCAAACCGCCGUAUCCAUUCUCUUCGUGACUUACAUCCUAUCCGAAGUGCCCUCCAACCUUGUCCUCAAGAAACUCCGUCCCUCGCGCUGGAUCGCAUUCAUCACCGUCGCCUGGGGCAUCAUCGCAACACUAACCGGCAUCGUGCAAUCCUACGGCGGCCUCAUCGCAUGCCGUCUCCUCCUCGGCGCUGUGGAAGGUGGUCUAUUCCCCGGCAUGGCCGUGUAUCUAACCUUCUUCUACACCAAGCGCGAACUCGCGCUGCGCAUUGGCUACCUCUUCGUCUCCGCCGCGCUGGCAGGCGCAUGCGGCGGCCUGCUCGCCUACGCAAUCGGCCAUAUGGACGGCAUCGCCGGCCAGCGAGGUUGGCGCUGGAUCAUGAUCCUGGAAGGCAUCCCGACCUUCGUGCUCGGCAUCGCGACAUGGUGGAUUCUGCCCGACAGCCCCGAGACAGCGUACUUCCUGGACGCGGACGAGAGAGCGUACGCUGCCGCGCGCCUCAAGCGGCAGACAGGCUACACCAAGCGCGCCGCCGAGUUCCACUGGGACGACGUCCGGAAGUGCUUCAAGGACUGGAAGGUCUGGCUGUUCUGCUUCGCGCAGUUCGGGAGCGAUACCAUGCUCUACGGUUUCUCGACGUUCCUGCCUACUAUCAUCCGCGCCAUCAUGCCCAAGGCCAGCAGCGCAACGGUGCAGGUGCUCACCAUCCCGUGCUACGCGCUCGGCGCCAUCACAUACCUGGUCGUCGCGCAUUUCUCGGACAAGCAGCAGAAGCGCGGCUUCUACACCAUCCUGCUGGGCGUGGUGAGUAUCAUCGGGUACGCGAUGUUGAUCAGUCCGAGCAGCUCUGCGACGCAUUAUGCGGGGUGCUUUCUGGUCGCUAUGGGGUUGUAUGUGUGUGUUGGUAUUCCGCUGGCGUGGUUGCCGACGAAUCUGCCGCGGUAUGGAAAGAGGACGAGUGCGACGGGUUUGCAGCUUUCGAUUGGAAACUGUGCGGGGAUUAUGUCUUCGUUUUUGUAUCCUGCAAAGGAAGGGCCUCGUUUUAUCAAAGGACACGCAGUGACGAUGGCUAUGAUCGCAUUUGCGCUUGCCUGCUACGCCAUCUUGUGGGCGUACCUUGGUAUGCUGAACUCAAAACGUGAUAAGGGCGAUGAGGAUCAUUUGAUGGCGGGCAAGAGCGAAGAGGAGAUUGCUGAGAUGGGCGACGAGAGCCCACGGUUCAGGUAUACGAUCUGAGAACGACAAGUGACGGUACGGAAGCAGAGGAGGCAUUAAUCAACUCUAAUGAAACGACAGGCCCACUGUCCAGACAC